AUGACGAUGACAGUGAAAUUAUUUCUGAUUUCUGUAAUCGUGUGCAGCAGUUUUGUUAUUUAUGCGCAAACGCAGUAUCUACUCGCCCAGGCCUUGUAUCUUGGCGAUCCGGAUGCUUUCAACACCACCAAAGAGGACUGCGUAUGGAAGCGGGAAGGUUCCGAUUAUCAAUGCCCGGAUCCGGCCAUUCGAAUCAUCCUGUAUACGUCCGGAAUCGUGAAGGAACGACUGGUGUUCAGCAUGGAUCACCCGGAUUGGUUGAAUGACUCCGAAUGGGACUCGACGAAGGAGAACAUACUUCUAGUUCAUGGCUACGCCGGUGGUGACAACACUCUGCCGAUCGCGGUAUUACGUGAUGCCUACAUCAACCACGGAGGAUAUAAUGUAUUCUUAGUAGACUGGGGAACGCUAGGACAACCACCAUGCUAUGUGGCCGCAGUGUACAACCUCAGACCGGUUUCGGUGUGUUUGGCGAAAACGUUGAUGCGCCUUCGUACGCUGGGACUUACACCCGAAAAAACUACCUGCGUGGGACAUUCGUUAGGGGCGCAUAUCUGUGGCUUAUUGGCGAACUUUUUGAACUUCAGAAUGGAGCGGAUUAUAGCACUGGAUCCUGCGCGGCCUCUUAUCAAACCCGGAAAUAUCAAUCGCUUGGACAGUGGAGACGCCAAGUAUGUACAAGUGAUACAUACCAACGCCGGUCAUUACGGUGAAGGAGGACGGGUUGGACACAUCGAUUUUUGUAUCAACGGUGGACGGCGGCAACCAUAUUGUGGCAAUAGCACAAAUAUAAACUUGUGCAGUCACAUUUGGGCAGUGUGCUAUCUGGCACAGUCACUCUACGAAGGAUCAGAACCCAUGGCAGAGCCAUGUAAUCGACGGUGUCCUACGAGUAUUUUACUACCACCAGCAAGGUCACGAACUGGCCGCUUCGGCUAUGCUCUAGGAUAUGCGAUUCCUAUGGGACAGAAAACUCCAAUGAGUGCAUCCGGAUCGUACUGUAUUAAGGAUACCAAACCACCCUUCUGCCCGUCGGAUGCCAGUACACUAGGGGAUAAAAGAUGUUGCAUUUAG